GUCGUGUCUCGUUUUCUCUUACUCUCUUUUCUUUUCUCUUCAAUUCAAUAGUUUAACUAUAUGUUUUAUUAACUGCAACGAUUUGAGUCAUUAGCCGCCCAACAUCAUCAACCUUGUGACCAUUGAACCUACCCUUAGCUGCUUAGCAGCAGUGUCAGCCUCGUUGGAAACAUCAUCCCGUCCUGAUUGCAGUUUAUCUCUUAUUCUCUUAUUCUGCCUGGAGUGUUCAAGUUCAACUCUUCUGUGGAUGGAGCCCUUGGAGAAAUAGAUGUCUGACUGUAAUUCCCAGGCUCCAAGGACACUCGACAGGCUGUUGCCGACUUUCUCAUCCGUUCUUUACGGUUCUUUACACAAGGCCCCGUUGUGUUGUGGGUAUUUCAUUUCAGUAUCAUUUUGGAUUUUCAUCAAGAAGCGACGUUCGUUCAACUCUACAACUAUUAUUCGUCAGUGGAAAGUAAGAUGCAACACAAAACAACGUAAAACUUAAGUUCAAAACGUGAAACCCAGAACGACACUUAAAUGGCCGAUGGAAUGACGAGUCUGGCGCAAAAGCAACAAUUCUGGACGACACUUUUCAAGGAAAAGAAGUUGUCGUCCCAACUUGCCUCGCUAGCGACUGAACAUGUUGAUGGCAUUACGUACGAUGACCUGCCGCAGUACGGGCAUUUACACGUCAAGGUGGAAUCCGGCUCAUCCCUUGCCCUUGGUGAUAAUUUUCAGAGUGACACUUUCAUUGUGACGGUUCAAAAUACGCGACCAAAUGCGACCAAUGACGACACUUGCACAUACACUUGGAGUACUUUCGUCAAAGUGUUGCCAUCAAACUCUUUUCUGCGCCAAGCGGCUUACGAAGCACGUACUCACCACCGCGAAAUCAACAUGUACCACAAUUUCUUUAGACUCAUCCGGGAAAUGCACGUCGACCAGCCGAUUCCGCUGGAUGUUCCCAAUGUUUACUACACCCAUAUCGAGGAAAUAGUCCCAGGAGAGACGGACGGAUCAGGAAUUUGUACCCUCCUCGAGGAUCUCAAAGCUGAGGGUUAUCGUAUGGCCGAUAAAGUGGAAGGCGCCGAUUAUCGACACUGUCACAUGGCCUUGACUUCACUGGCCCAUUUCCACGCCUUGACGAUUAGUGCGGUGAGAAAGUGGAAGGAUCCGGCAACUGGCGAAUUAUCCAAUAUUCCUCCACCGGCCAAGUUUCUUGUAGACGAGAAAACAUUUUUCGAGUAUGGGAUGGUAAAAUACGUUGAAAAUUUUUCCAAAUGUAUCGUCGAAUUUACCCAAGAAGUAGAAAGACCUGACCUAACUGAAUGGAUAGCAGAAUUAGUGCAGCAACGUCCAGCCGAGAUCAUCCUCGUCGACACACUGGAGAGCAGCGGUCCGUUGGCUUGCAUUUUGCAUGGAGAUUAUUGGAUCAACAAUAUGCUGUUCAAAUACGACGAUGAAAGUCAAACUCAACUCAGCGAAAAAUCUCCUUCCAUCCCCGUUUCUCUGAAAAUGAUUGACUUUCAAGUGUCGAGGAUCGGCCAUCCACUCAGCGACGUCCUGUACUUCUUGUACACGAGCACCAAGCCGGAAACGAGACAGAAGUACAUGCCGGAUUUGCUUCGAUAUUAUUUCGACACGUUGACGACGGACUUGCGACUCCUUGGCAUCUCCCUCGACGAUUACUCCUGGGAAGAUUUCUUGGCUGAUUACAAAAAAAGAUCCUUGAUGUGGAUGUUUAUGGGCACCAUUGUUUUGUCGGCAGUCCUAAACAAGAAAGCCAUUAGUAAUUUACAAGACCUAGACGCAGAGGAGAAGCUUAAGGGACCAACACCAAAGACGGACGUGGAGCCAAUUAAGGGAGAAAUGGGAAUAAGCCUUGAAAUGGAAGAAACGAUGAAGACCUUAAUGGCGUCAUACAAAUUGAGUGACAGCCCAAUUUUAUCCGAUCGAAUUCUUAAACUCAUGGAUGAAGUCAAAGCCUUAAACUGCUGCUAAUCCUAGAAACUUCGUCCUAGACGGUUACAAUUUCGCUUAUUCUAUUAAAUUGUUAUAUGCCGUAUUGUUACGUUCAAAGUUUGCAAAACUUUUUUCGUAUAAAUUGUGCUGUAAACUUAACCAUACAACUAGAAAGUUAAAAAACAAAACAUUCAACAUUAACUUAACGAGAACUCGCCGUGGCGCUAGUUGUGUGUACUUUCGUUGUGAACAGCAGUGCCACCACUGGAAAGCCAACGGGCCCUUUUCACGUUUUCUCUCUGAGUUCAUUCAGUCGCGUCUCAUCGCGUGGUUUGCUGUGGUUAAAAUAAAAAUUGCUGCUUGUUUAAAUCAACUCGUUUUACAGACGGUAUUUCACGAAUUUAUUGUAAACGAUCAUGUUCUGAUGAUGGGAUUCCUUUUACAAAUGUGUGGAGCUUCGAUGUUCAAAUUGGUUUCCAAUUUCUUGCUGUAUUGAUGUUGCCCUUGAACUCAUUUUCUAAUGGUGAAUUUAAGAUGGAGAUGCACUGAGAUAUCGAAUCGUUUUAUGUCCCGGCACGUGGAGUACGCAGUGAUUAAUAUUUUCAGCACAUCCGUCUGAAAAUGAAGUCGAAAGAUCAAGCACCUGUACCACUUUUCGACUUGCAACUAAUUCGUUCAACUCUCGAUUGCGCAUUCCUCUAACCGAUCCAUCAGGCUGACAACAGAUCCAAAAAAAUCGUUUCUCAGCAUACAUCUUCCAUGUGCCGCUGAAGGUGUAUUUUGUUUGAAAAAAGAAUGCUGCUUAUGGCCUUCAUCAGCAAUACUUAUCAACUCGGGCUUUUGUUUCUCCAAGUGUGGACAGCUAGACCGUCGUUUUCAUCAUAGUCGACAAUCGUCAAAAGUAUUUUGCAUUUGACGCUAAGAUCCUUCUUUUGUGAAAAUUCGAAGUUACAGGAGUUGCCUUUUUUCAUUCGAUGUCGUAUUAUAUUAGUCGUCGGAAAAAGUGAGGAUAGAUUUUGAUUUGAUUUCAAGUUCCGAGUUUUGCAAACUUGCGACAAACAGUAAAGGAAAGGGUUUUUAUCAUCAGUUUAGGUUUUGUUUUCGGAAAUGGGAAAUCUAAAAAGGAAAUAACAGUUUGCUUUUACGCAAUUAAAUGUUUGUAGAUUCUUUUACUAAAUUACAGUUUGUUUGCUUGAAAGUAAUUUUGACGUAAAUGAUUCCUGCAGAGUGCAACAGAGAAGAAAAAAAGAUUUUGUUUUAGUCACUUGGGAUCAGUUCAUUUGACAGUCUCUUGUAGUCAUCUGCAAAUGUGAGGUAUUCUGGUGAUGUAUUGGAGGUUCUCUUAGAAGACGUAUUCUUUUGCUUUUGGGUACAACAAUGUUAGUAUUGCUUGAAAAAUAAAAUAACAAUCAGACAGUA